UUAUAGAAAAAAAGAGUAUUUGAAAAUUAAUUUAUGUAGACAUUUAAAUAUCAUUAUGCAUGUAACUAGAAAGCAUGACUAAUGUAUGUAAACUAAUGUUAUAUAUAAGAACUCUGAUAAUCAAUAAGAGGCUGGUACAAGUUGAUACGACAUAGAUACCUAUACAUCUAUAGAUAUAGUUAAGUUUUUGGUAUUCUUCUUAAAAGGAGGAAGGCACAAUAGUGUUCACUAUGACAGUAUGUACAUAGAGAAUCACAUGGAUGUACUUGGGAUAGGAAAAAGGCAAUUACAGCCAUGGAGUAUUGUUGGUACAUCUAUGCCAUACAUGGAAUCAAAAAUUCCUAUUCAUGUAAGCGAUUACAGUCGUACACAUCAUCUAUUACCUUGGAGACCUAAUACAGGAUUUGAAAAUAUUGAAGUUAUACCAUUGACUAGAAAAUGUAUAUCAAAUUAUCCAUUGGAUGCAACUAGUGGUACUAUGCACAAGCCAUUAAAGUUUCCUGAUUUAGUAACAGGAUGUCAUAGAGAUUCUGUGCAUACAUCUAAAGCAGCUCUUUAUACAAGAUAUACACCAAAUGAAUGGUUCCAAAAACAAAUUAAAUAUUAUAAUGAAGCAGAUUCUAAUAGACACUUAUCAGAAAGAUUGAGAAAGGAUGCUUUAAGAAUAGUUAGGAAUGCAGAAGAGAAAAUACAAUAUGGGCAAUUAGAUACUGGAAGAAGAUUGGGUGAAAGAAUAAAUGAUGUAUCCUUUUGGCGAAAUGAAAUUGUUUCAGAAUUGGAAAGAUUACUACAAGAAAUAGAAAGACUUCAGGAUUGUCGUUCUGUUUUAGAUAAAGCAAUAAGAGAUAUUGAUGGACCAUUACAUAUUGCAGAAGAAUGUCUUUAUCAUAGAGAAGCAAGAAAAGGGACAGAACUUGUUCAUGAUGAAUCAGAAAAAUGUUUGCUGAAAGAGAUAGAAAACUUAAAAAAUUGUCAAAGAAAUUUAGAUGUAUGCCUAGAUAAAUGUAAAGAUCAGUUGCGAAAUUGUAGAGCCUCACAAAAUCAAUUAGAAUUAGAUUUGAAAAACAAAGAAAGUGCAUUAGGUAUAGAUAUGAUGUGUCAUCAAUUGAAUAAUUAUAGCCAUGGACUACAAUAUUACACUGGAAUUGAAAAAUAUGAUCCUUGUCUCUCAGAACAAGAAUGUUGGGCAGAGGCAGCAAAUCGCAUAAUACAAAAAUCACAACACGAAAGAAAUAUGUCUAAUCAAUUGCGAACAAGUGCAGAAGCUCUUAUAAAUAAAGUGGCUCAAGAAAUGUGGGAUUCAUGGAGUACUACAAACAGUGCUUUGACGCAUAGAUCUUCUGAAUUACUUGAAGCUAAAAAUAAACUGCAACAACAUUUACAAAAAGUACAACAGGAAAUAUUUGAUGUUGAAAAAAAUAUGGAAUUAAUGCGUAAAGCUAUUGCUGAUAAAAGUCAUGCCAUUAAAGUUGCACAUACGAGAUUAGAGGCCAGAAUGCAUCGUCCAGAUUUGGAAUUAUGUCGCGAUAAUGUUCACUCAAGCCUUCAAAAAGAAAUUGAUGAAAUAGAUCAUCAAGUAAAACGUAUGCAUAAAGCUUUGAAAGAACUUGAGGAUCAACAUCAAAGAUUGUUAAGAACAAGGACUGCAUUGGAACAUGAUCUAGCUCUUAAAAUAGAUGCAAUAUAUAUUGAUAGAGAAAAGGUUUGCGGCCUAAGACGUGCAUAUCCAGUUAAUGCAUUAUUUAGAUUUUAAUUAGUAGUAAUAUAUACAUAUUUAAAGCUUUAAGCACACACAUAUAAUUAUUUAUAUAUAUAUAUAUAUGUAUAUAUAUAUAUAUAUAUAUAUAUAUAUAUAUAUAUAUAUCAGAUUAUAUAUUAGACUUUAUUGAAAUAAACAUACACCUAGAGAAAUCUAGAUUAAAAUUGAAAUUUAAAUGAUUCAAUUAAAAAAUCCACUAUAUUUCUUUUGUACAUUAUGAAAGGACAAACUUGUGUUUCAUUGCGAAGCUACGUAUUUUUUAAUAUAACUCGGCAAAGGAA